GUUGAAACCAACGACCGACGCCAGCGAUAGAAUUAUUCAAAUAAGGGUAAAGUAAUAAGCUAAUGUUUAUUUAUAAAAAUUUAAGGGAAAAGCUCUCAAUUUACAUCUGGAGAUAUAUAUAUGUAUAUAUAUAUAUGUAUAUAUGUUACUAGUAAAAUUCCAAAGUAAUUAUAGAAAGUAAAGUGAGUAUUAGCAGUGUUUUAAGACUUGCAGUUUCCAUCCGUCUGGCAAAGUUUUUACUUAUUCCAGACGCACGAGCAAUAUCUUGAAGAGUACCGAAUCUUCGAAAUUGACACAAAGAGAGGGUAUUUUUGAGAAAAUCGACUAAAGAUUGAAAAGAAAAACAUGUCAACUCGUCCUUGUCUUCAUUUUACGCCACAAGAGGGAUUUAUGAACGAUCCCAAUGGCCUUGUGCAAUCAAAUGGUUUAUGGCACUUAUUCUACCAGUGGAAUCCAACCGGGAUGGAAGCAGGAAAUCAACAUUGGGGUCAUGCUAUUAGCAGGAACUUGUAUAAUUGGAACCAUCUUCCAGUAGCUCUGUACCCCAAUGAAGAUGGUGGUCUUAUGUUUAGCGGGAGUGCUGUUAUCGAUAAAGACAACACUUCUGGAUUCUUUAAAGAUUCGCAUGGAAGAAUUCCCACCAACACCGAUGGUCGUAUCGUUCUCAUUUACACGACUCAUUAUGAUGACCGCGAAACCCAAAAUAUCGCCUAUAGUCAAGAUGGAGGCAUCACAUUUAUAAAGUAUGAAAACAAUCCCAUUAUUGAUUUAAACGAGUCGCAAUUUCGUGACCCUAAAGUCUUUUGGCAUGAAGACACAAAGCAUUGGGUGAUGGUUGUUGCACUCGCUCAAAAGUUCCGCAUAGCUAUUUUCCGCUCUUCGAAUUUGAAAAAUUGGGAGAAGGUUUCUGAGUUUGGUCCCGCUGGCAUUUUAGGAUCUCAAUACGAAUGCCCAGAUCUUUUCCGUCUACCAAUCGAAAAUACAGAGGAUCAUCGUUGGGUUUUGGUUGUGUCCGUUAAUCCCGGAUCCCCCAUCAACGGUGGAAGCAUUACUCAGUACUUUAUUGGUGAAUUUGAUGGUAUCACCUUUACUCCUAUCGAUAAAACUGCUCGUAUUUUCGAUCAUGGUAAUGACUUCUACGCCAGUCAGACAUUUUCUAAUGUCCUCAAUAACCAAGUGAUUUCAAUGGGUUGGGCUAGUAACUGGAGCUAUGCAAAUAAAGUCCCUGCGGAAAAAUACCGGGGUAUGUUGACUUGCCCACGCGAACUAUCUCUACGUUCUAUGCCUCUGAAUCCUGAAGCACAGGAGCUUGUUUUAGUCCAGCGCCCUUGUAAUACAGAAGCUUUGAAGCAUCCUCUGUCGGAGCCUUAUCCUUUAGAGUUGCAAAACGUAGCAGAGUUUCCCCCAACAUUUAUGUGUGGUAGUAGAUUUUAUCUUUGUGCUACCAUACCUCUCUCUGCAGCUGAAUCCGAAAAACUUGAAUUUUUGCGUUUGCGUUGGUCAGCGACUUCUGAUGUCCUCAACAGCAAACAGUACGUUGAGCUUGGUUAUCGUUUUAGCGAUGGUGCUGUGUAUAUCGACCGCGGAUCUUGCGAAACGAGUUGGAAAGAUCCUAUGUAUUCCGAGCGUUCUGUAUCCAAUUUACCCCCUAUUGUUAUUGAUGACAAGCUUAUGGUGGAUUUGGGAAUCCUUAUGGACCAUUCUAUUGUAGAGGUUUAUGGAAAUCACGGAGGAAAAGUCUUCACGAAUACCUACCGCUUUUCAGAAGAGGUGGAAGGAUCUCCUCUGAAGUAUUAUUAUCUAGAGCUUCCUCAGGCCGCCAAGAUGGUCAAGGCUAACGUUUUGCCUUUAUUCACAAAAAUUCCUAAGUAAAUGGGCUUAAGACAUGGCAUUUUUUGGACAAAACUUUCCUGUUUUCUUUUUGUUAUGGUUUGUUAUAGAUUAAAAAUAUUAUUGCAAAUGGAUCUUGUACAUUGAUCCUUUCUUUCUUUGGGGGGUAUACUCUUUGACUAUGCUGCGAUUAUGAUUCUAAGUACUUGACCGUCAAGUAGGGAUAUUUCUUUAAUUUAACAUGUAUUUAUAGCGACCACCCUUUUUGGUAAUCCUAGUCUUAUAGAUGGAAUAAUUUCAGUAGACUCGAGUCAGCCAAUUUUGACCAAACCAAAUGAUCCUUAUGUUUCAAAGAUUAAUAAUUGAAGGCUAAUCUUUAUGCCUUCUUUAUCAGAAAUUAGCGUCUCUAUUAAUUAUGAUCGAGCCCGCUGGAUUGAAUUUGAGAUCAGAAAGGUUGAAUCUGUAAACAAGAUUUUUUGAAUACUUUUAGGUUUAUUUAAAUAGUCUAUUUCUAAACUUAUAUAUGGUUGAAGUUUUC